GCCAAAUACCGCACCCGGGUGGCAACGUCCAGCGAUCGGGGUACUACCCAUUCCAAAACUCGACCAUCACAUAUCAAAUCAUGGAUCGCAAAAGGAUUGCACCAAAUACAGAGUGAUUAAUUAGCUGGCUAUGAUGUCAGCGUGUGUCUAGAAAUCUCGAAGCGCGUCGCUGCAGUGGGAAACCGCGGGACCCAAAACAGAAACAUCUGCCCAUUCCGAUGACCCAUUGCAACAAUUAAUAACGGUUAUGCCGCAAGAUUUAUGAGCGACGACAUAUAAACAAGACCAAAGCGCUUUAGCCGUCGACCGCGAAAUGUCAUAAAAAAUCAGAGACAAAACCCGAAUUGCUUAGAAACCAGAAGAGCACUCACAAAUUGUAUAAUUAAGGAAAAGAGCGAGUGCGACUUCACACGCCGUAGGGGGCGUGCCGCACUCGUAAAAAUAAAAACUAACGCAAAGCCAAACCCAAACUUGGGAAUGCACUCAGAGAAAAAUGUAGCAAGUUUUUCGAUCAGGUCAAUAUAGCUUAUGAGAAAACAGCAGCUCAAAUUUUACUAAAUGAAUUGCAAAGUUCAAAUGAAGAAAUUAUAAAUACAAAUAUAAAACAGAAGCGAUUAUUGUGCUAGAUGACGCAUAUUGCUAUUACAAUUAAUUAAAUUAAUUUAAAAAUGAAAGUGCAUACACUCUAUAAGGCACAGCUCGGCGAACGUGGUUUUUCCACGGCCAGACAAUUUCGGGGCUUCUCCGCUGGAUGAGUCCGAGUCGUGGGAUAUCGAACGAGCGGCGAUGACAACCGAACAUGACGAACUUUUCAAAGUUAGCCAGCUGCUGGGACUCUUCUGUCCGGUUGCCCGUUGAAUAAUGGGCCCUGUCCGCCGACAUGUCCGCGUCAAGGCGUUAAAAUCAGUUGUAAGGUAUUUGGGUGCACAGCGAGCGAUUCGCGCUUAGAAGCGUAUAAAAACUAGAGCCGGCCGCUGGAUUAGCAACAGUUGAUCGUCGGCUUCCAUUCGGUGCAUACAGCUAAUAGAAACCUAAUCCUUCUCAGGACUUUACGAACCUAAUCCCAAAUCAUUCUCAAAAUGAACUCCCUCGCCAUCCUCGCAAUCUUCGCCGCCUCCUUGGCUUUCUGUGCCGGCGAUGUGUCGCACUUGUCGCGCAGCUACCUGCCACCCCUGAGCGGUGGCUACUCCGGCUACUCCUCCGGAUACUCCUCGUAUCCGUCGUACUCGAGUGGAUCCGGAUACUACUCGGGCGGCGGCAGCUAUGCCUCGCCGAUCGUCUCGUCCAGCUACAGGAGCUAUGCGGUGCCGCAGUACACCACCUACACCUCGCCCUCUCGCACCUACUUGCCAGCGGAUACCGGCUACUCCGGAUACUCGGGCUACUCCGGCUACUCUGGCCUGGACACCAAGUACGGCAGCAACGGCGGCUACGUCUACUAGGCCAAGUACCCAUGAAAUGGAGGCCCUAACUGAGAGGCAACAAUGGAGCAAGCGGACAACUAUAUUCCCCUAUUUUUUUUUCCUUGGCUAAGCAAUUUUUUUUGUGCAAUUUAUGGUUACUAAACUUUUUCGAGUGCUUAAUAUUGAUUAA